GUCACUCCUGCCGUCACCACGCUGCCUAGCGGUACUCACACCAUCGGUGGUGUGACCACCGUUGUCGAGACCUCGACCACCAUCGUCUGCCCCUAUGCCACCGUCAAGCCCUCGGGCACCACCGUCACCAGCGUCAUUGAACACACCACCUACUACUGCCCCGCCGCUGGUACCUACACCAUCGCCCCCACCACCACCUAUGUCCCCUCCAGCGCUGUCGUGACCUACCCCGCCGUGUCUACCGUCACCCCGGGCGUCUACUCCCACACUGCCGAGGUUGUCACCGUCACCGUCACUGACUACACCUACACUUGCCCCUUCAGCGGCUCCACCAGCUCUGCUGCUGUUGCCGUGACCACCCCCUCCGCUGCCGCUGCUACCACCACCGUCGUCCCGGCCACCACUGCCGUCCCCGCUACCUCCAGCGUCAAGGCCAGCACUGUCUCCAGCGCUGCUGCCAGCUCUUCCAGCGCCGCUGCCACUGGUGUCAGUGCUACCGGCCUGAUGGGUAUGACCUACACCCCUUACACCAACGACAACGGCUGCAAGUCCACUGCCACCAUGACUUCGGACAUCAAGACCAUCGCCGGCAAGGGCUUCACCCACAUCCGUCUCUACUCCACGGACUGCAACACCCUCGAGGUCAUUGGCGAGCUCGCUGAGGAGCUCGGCCUCAAGCUGAUCCUCGGUAUCUACAUCUCCAGCACCGGUACCUCGGGUGCUGAGAGCCAGGUCACCGCCAUCACCGAGUGGGGCAAGUGGGAACUGGUCAGCCUGAUCGUGGCCGGUAACGAGGCUGUCUCCUCCGGAUACACCGAUGCCAGCUCGCUUGCCAGCUUCAUCACCUCCUGCAAGAGCACCUUCGCCGCCGCCGGCUACACUGGCCAGAUCACCACCACCGAGCCCGUCGACAUCUGGCAGGAGUACGGCGCCAGCUACCUGUGCGACGCCGUGGACAUCCUUGGUGCCAACAUCCACCCCUUCUUCAACGCCCAGACCACCGCCGAGGAGGCCGGUACCUUUGCCAGUUCCGAGUUCGCUCUCCUGAAGACCAUCUGCUCUGGCUUGAGCAUCAUCAACCUGGAGACCGGCUGGCCGAGCCAGGGUAACGCCAACGGUGCGGCCGUCCCCGGUGCCUCCGAGCAGGCUACUGCCAUCAAGGCCAUCCGUGAGGCCGUCGGUGGCGACUCCGUCUUCUUCUCGUACGCCAACGACCUGUGGAAGAGCCCCGGCGAGUACGACGUCGAGCAGUACUGGGGUUGCAUUGACCAGUUCUAA